AAACAAAGUUAAAAGCCGAAUUUUAUUUUCACACAACACAAAGGGAAGGCAACGAAAAGAAGGGGAAAAAAAUUCACGCUUCGUUCGUGUGUUUUAGAUCGUUUCUUCGCAGCUCGAGGGCGAAAGAUUAGGGUUUGGGGCCGCCAUGGACAUGGAUUCACCAGAAGCAACCAACAUUUCUGCCCCCGGCUCCGACCCCUCCCCGCCAAUCAAGGAAUCACCUUUCUCUAGCUAUGUUAACACUUUGUCACCAUUUCAAUAUUCUAAUUUGGAGCAUGGCUUGCAAGCGUAUGAAGAUCUUAGUUUUCCAUCUCCUCAACCUGUAUUUACAUCACCACAUAUUUCUCUUCCUAGAAAAGAUACUGCGAGAAGUUUCUUAUCACUACCCUUGGUUACCUCGGAAUCAGUGGUUCAAUUGAGCUCUAGAAUUCAUGAAGGCGAUGGCAAUCCAUCUUCUAAGGAUGAAAAUAGUGGUGAUUCUUCAAGUUUUGUUGACACACUUUUGGAAGAUCCACUAGAUAAUUUUGAUAAGGCUUCUUGUAAAUUUUCAAGCCAAGCUAAAGAAAUGACUCAAAUUGUACAUGAAAUUUGCACUAAUGCCAACGUUAAUACUAUGGAGUCUUCUAAGAAUGAUUUUGCAUACUUGAAUUCUGCUACUUCUGCUUCAGCUUUGGUAGAUGAAUCUAUAGAUGAUGCUGUGGGGCGCUCUGAUCCAUCUAAUUUGAACUCAGAAGUUAUGGUUGUUCUGCAACGUCCAUUAAUUGACUCUAACAGUUCCCUUGAAAUGAAUGAUCAAACUUGUGAAUACCAUACACAAAAAACUUCUGAUCAUAAGACUACUGAGCAGUUCGCCUCAUCUGAUGUUGAAAAAGGUUUCUCUGGUACUGAAUCAUAUUUUCCUAUUGAACCAUCUUUAACUGAUGGCGAGACAAAAUCUGUUGAUGCUGUUGAGAUAACCAAUAAAAUUUCACUUGAUGGGCAACCAGUAUCAAUCAUCAACAAUAACCCCACAGAUAGUAUUCAUUCACUUUUGGCACCAACAACAGGGGGAAAAGCUGAAGUGGAUAUGGUGGAUCAAGAUUUGAAUACAACAACCAAAUUGAAAGGUGUAAGACCACAAGGUUUUUCACAAGUCUCAGAUGAAUUGCAUUCAACCCCUCAAUCCUUUGAAUUGAUUCAGGAUUUUCAAGAUGUUAUCAAAGAUCCUGAUGUUUCACAAGAUAAGAUUAUACCAUCUGCUGACAAUCAGAUUCCAUAUGAUGAGGACAUUGCUCAGCUUCAGCGUGGGAUGCGGAAGCGUCUUCAGUUUGAGGCUAUCAAAAAUACUGCAUGCCAAGAACCCAAUCAGAAUUUUACGUAUGAUCUCUCUGGUGCAGAACCAUCAGAUGUUGCUGCCCACAUGCUUACUUCAAAUGCUUCUCAUGCGGAACCAUUUGAAACCUGUGGGAUGAAGCAAGGCUCUCAUUCAGACACUCAAAAUUUCAUGCCCAAUUUGAUGGUUAAACCUGUGGGAAGUUCUUCCUUGCUAGAUCCUAGGCCAUCUCGUAUCGGCUUGCACUUGAACAGCAUUGGAAGUAUUGGUAUGGUAGCUCAAUUAAUGGGAAAGGAUUCAUGCUUGGAAGAAAGUUCAUUUCUUGGCAGUAAUGAUCAACUUUCACAAGGUUCAGACAUGGAGUCAGUUUCCACAGGCUUAGUAGGACAACAUACAGUCGCAUUAACUGCAAAUGUCCUGAACCCAUUUCUUGAAUGUGCUAGUGAAGACACUGGAGCCAAUGACAUUGAAAAUCAUGUUUUGGAACUUCCAACAUCUUCUAGCCAUCAAACUCCGCAGUAUGCAAAAACUGUACAAUUUUCUAUGCAGUCAAAGCUUGCUGAGCAAUACAUAACCCCUCGUAACUUGAAAAGGCCACUUUCUAAAGAUGAUGACAAGUUUGAUAACUCAAGUCAGUCUAGUUCUAGAAAGAAAAGGAGGAAGCCAUCUGAAAUUGAAGGUCAGAAGCGUUGCAGUUGUAAGAGGUCCAAAUGUUUAAAACUUUACUGUGACUGCUUUGCUGCUGGGAUAUUCUGCACAGAAGUUUGUGGUUGCCAACAGUGCACUAACAAACCAGAAAAUGAGGAUGCUAUCCAUGAAGCCAAACAUCAGAUAGAGUCUCGAAAUCCACUUGCAUUUGCACCCAAGGUGGUUCUUUGUGUCAGUGAUCCUCUAAAAGACAGUGAAGAGACUAUGGGGGCAACUCCAAAUUCUGCAAGACACAAGAGAGGAUGCAAUUGCAAAAAGUCACUCUGCCUUAAGAAAUAUUGUGAAUGUUAUCAGACUGGUGUUGGAUGUUCAUUUGGAUGCCGAUGUGAAGGUUGCAAGAAUCCUUUUGGCAGGAAAGAGGGAUGUACCGAGAUCAUUGAGAUUGAACACAAGCGCAAUGAAGAGAAAUUGGAGGGCGAUCCAUCCACCAAAACCAAAGGAAAAAACCCUAGAAGCAUGGUGGAUUCUCGCCUGUCCUCACUAACACCUUCAGUGCAAGUCACAGGUGGAGUUGAUGCAGCCAAGUGUUUGGUGCUUCCUCGUUAUUUGACUUCGCCAGAAACAAGUGGUUCUGCUUUAGUGUGCUAUGAAAGAUCACCAGGUUCUCCUAUGAAUUUGAUCAGCAAAGGAUCCUCUGAAAAUGCAGGAGAAGAUUCCAUGUUGGCAGCCUCGUAUGACCCGGACUCGGAGAAUGAUCUGAAAGUCGACAUCUUCUCUCCUGGAUGGAAUGGUUUUCCAGACAUAUGCACCUUUAGUCCCUUGGGAAAAAAUUCGCCGAGCAAUACAAGAGAACCCAAAGUUUUACAGACAAGACUAGUCCGAGCAAAUUCCUUAUCACUUCAUCGUCAUGGUUCACCGGUGACUCCACUUCAUGAGUUCGGCGGAAGGAAGGUACCUCCGGAAUCAGAUUCUGAUUGCAGACUAAACAAAGAGACGAUUGACUAUACUCCUGAAAUCUUGAAGGAUUCCUGCUUGCCUACCCAGGCUGUGAAGGCCAGUUCACCGAAACAGAAACGUGUAUCUCCGCCAAAAAGGCUGUUGCAUCGGUUGAGAAGCAGCUCUUCCAGCGGUAGAAGUGGCCGCAAGUUCAUACUGCAGUCUGUGCCUUCCUUUCCUCCUCUUACUCCUCACAGUAAUAAUAACAGAGGAAGUGGUGGCACAUGAGUACUUUCGACACACAUCGAAUAUAAACUCCUGUUCUUCACUGAUAAUCAUCGUCGUGUCGUUCCACUCGUUCCAGCUAUGAAUGUGUUAGUAAUGCAAACCAUGCAUUCCAAUUUAGCUUCUCUGUUGGACCCUUGUUUAUGCUUUUUCUUCUUGUGCUUACAACUCAGAAAGAACAUGCCGCGAUUCGGCUCUGCUCCCUGUCCAUCAGCUUUGAUUGUCUGAAAUCCGCCGUCCAACAGAAUGUUCUCUGGUUUAAUACUUAA